AUGGUUGCGAAGCCGCCGGAUAUAUCCGAGUACCUGCGGACUCAGGGGUUCGGAGCCCGAGAGCUGGCUACUCUGGAGGUGGCCGAUAGUGCGGUCAUUGCUGGGCAGCUCGCUUUUGAGCUGAACAUACCGCACUCAGAAGAGCUUGCUAGGGCGGUAGAGGGCCUCGUCACCGCCGCUAAGAAGGAGGAUGGCAUGCUUAAAAAAACAGAAGCGGUCCUAGCCAGUGACCUGGCCUGGACUCAGCUAGCUGUGUCGACGGGAGCUCCCGCUAGGCCUCCCCCUGGCGAGAAGAUCAGAAAGCUGCUCGCAAAUGGCGAGGAGAGGGCCGCUAGAGAGCUUCGUCUUCAAGUUCUUUGGACACGCCAGCUGGGAGAAGAGCUGGCGGCUAUGGGGGUGGCGGAGUUCAAGUUGGAGCUCCGCGCUACAGGAGGACGAUUGGCUUGGGCUGCUAAGGAUAAGAUUGUCGAGGUCCUCUACGAGGGUGCUCCGUUGAUCUGGAGAGCACCUCGCUAUCCAGUGAUGGUCUUGGUGUCCAUCGAGAGAGUGGUCCUCGACGAUAGCGAGCUGACAGGCUUGCGUGUCUAUGCUUUGGGCCAAGUUGGUCAAGGUCUGGGCGUCGCUAAGGUGGUCGGAUCUCCAAGCCAUCCGCGCAUCAAGGAGAUGCCGCUAUGUGUCAGUGAAGCGGCCUUCUUUGAGAACCCUGCUUGGCUAAAGGUUGGCUUUGAGCUGCUACAGUGGUUGGCAACCUUUGGCCGAGACUACUUGCUACCCAAGCUGAAGCCGAACUUCGUGGUUUUUGAGAAGAAGAUGGGGUCCGAUACCUAUGCCCGAUCUUAUGGGGGCAGGGUGGCCAAGCUCCAGCUAAAAUUUGCGGUGGCAGCCCGAGAAGAAAAUCGCUACCACACCUUGGACGAGCGUGAGGUGGCUAGUUCCCUUCAGGAUUGGCUAAAGGAUCGCCGCUCCCUUGCAGAAGAGACGGCGACAGAGGUGGCCGAUAAGCUCGCGGAGACUUGGCGGACAGGCGUCGUCAAGGUGGACCAG